UUGACGUUCUUUCUCCUUUCUUCCCUUCUCUCCGUCGCGUCUCUCAGCGUUUUCGCACGAAAGCUGAUCGCGAGAGGAGGAAAAAAUGGGCUUCGAUCGCGAGAAUUUUAUGUCGGUUUCCGACACGCGUGUUCGGGAUAUCGCGGAUGAAUGACCAGCAAGUGGAACGCUCGAAAAGUCGGAAAAGUGUCUCAAGGCUGGCUCGCAACGUUCGCCGCCAGGAAAUGGCCUCGGUUCUUCCACAGGUAUCCGGAAACGCCGGAGUUUUUCCCGAGGAGGGCCCACUGAUGGCGACUUGUCGAUGGCACUUAUCGAGUGAUUUAAUGAAUGCAUCGAUCUAUUGGAUAAAUCAUCUGCAACGGACCGGAGAAUACAAAAAGAGAGAGAGAGAGGGAAAUCGACGGAGUAAAAGGAAGGGGCACGCCGUAUAAAUAUCAGCGCAGCGGUUAAGAUUAGGAUUUUAACGGUGCGCGGUUUAACGAAACGGCAAAAUGACAAUUGGCAUCGGCAAGAGGGACGACGACGUCGAAUCCAGCGGCAAAGCGUCGCGGAAGACAUCGACCCCGGCGGAAUAUCCGGCCGAAAGCACUUGUGGUCUCGGAAUCCGGCACCUGCAGACAUUACUGAUGUUCCUGGGAGUAACUCUCGCUUACAGCCAAAGGGUCGGGAUGUCAGUGGCCAUUAUACCAAUGAUAAAUGCGAGCACCGCGAAUUUAAAUUUCGAGGACUACGGUUGGGACAAUAAGGAAAAAUCGCUGGUGCUGAGCUCGUUUUUCUGGGGCUACGCAGUGGCGCAAAUGCCGAGCGGCUACAUCGCCGGUAUCUGGAGCGCUCAGAUGCUUCUGAGUAUCGGGAUGCUGCUGGCCGGCGUCUUCAACAUUAUCGCGCCGUUCGCCACUCACCAGUGGAACCUAGUAGCCAUCUGUACUUGCAGGGUAGGCAUGGGUUUCACUCAGGGUUGCCUGUUACCUUGCGUUCACACCCUCCUCUCCAAAUGGGCGCCACCUUCUGAAAGGGCACGACUGGGAACGUUCGCCUACGCGGGUGCCCAAUUCGGCACAGUGAUCGCUUUGCCGAUUUGCGGCGCCCUUGCUGCGUCCGCAACGGGUUGGCCGGGCAUCUUCUACUUGUUUGGCGCUUUAGGAAUCCUCUGGAGUAUAUGUUUCUUUCUUCUCGGGGCGGACUCGCCGUCCAAGCAUCGUAGCAUCUCGCAGGAAGAAAGAGUGUACAUUGAAGAAAGUCUGAAGACCAGUGAAAAAUUAGAGAAGAAUAAAGUCGGACAGAAACUACAAACCCCGUGGCGGCAGAUCUUGACUUCAAAGCCCAUGUGGGCCCUCAUCAUCGCCCAUGGUGGCCAAAAUUGGGGUUACUGGACUCUACUGACGGAGAUGCCCACCUACAUGAAGAAGGUGUUGGGCUUUGACAUCGAAGGGACCGGUGGAUAUUCCGCCUUACCGUACCUGGCGAUGUGGAUGCUCAGCUUCCCCGCGAGCUGGCUAUCCGAUUUCACCUUGGAGAAGGGUGUAUCGCGAGGCUUGGUCAGGAAGGUGUCCAACACGGUAGCGUUUUGGUGCCCAGCUAUCGCUUUGAUGUGCAUGUCGGCCAUACCCACAGAUAAUUCUGUCUACGCUCUCAUACUCCUCAUCAUCGCAGUAGGUCUGAACGCUGGUUCUCUCUGCGGCUUCCAAGUUAACCAUAUCGAUCUCAGCCCGAACUACGCCGGUAACAUGAUAUCCAUCACCAAUACCGUAGGCUCCGUGGUCGCUAUAGUCGCGCCAAUCGUCACCGAACAGACCAUCAUCAGCGAUGAGACCAACGUGAGCCAGUGGAACAUCGUGUUCUACGUGUCGGCGGCGAUUUACUUCUUAAGCAAUUUGGUGUUCGUGAUCUUUGGCGCAGGUGAGGUGCAAUGGUGGAACGAGCCUGAGAAAGUCAAGGCCUGGCAGCAGCAACGGAUAAGAAAAGACGAUGUAAUCGAGAUGCAGACUUGUUUAAGCGUACGUUUAAGCGCAAGAGAGUGGGAGCGCCUGAUUUCGGUGAUGGAGUAUAAAGCUACGUGGGUGCGAUCAGCGAAUCGUAGUCGUUCUUAUUAUUCGCGACGGACAUCACUACGUCAAGAAGUUGACAGAAGAAUGGCAUCGUCUUUCCGGAAGAAAAGGGUCUCGGUCAUCUCGCUCUCGGAGAGGAUGAAGGUCCCACCUAAUAGACCGAAAGCAUGGUAUGGAUGCAGACAUACGCAAGUGUUGCUCAUGUGCUUCUGUUUCCUCUGCUGCUACGCGAUCAGAGUGACCAUGUCGGUGGCCGUGGAGGCAAUGACCAAUGCGAAAACUGCUAACCCGAAUUUCGAGGAGUUCACCUGGGAAGAGUCGGAGAAGCGGCUGAUCCUUAGCUCCUUCUUCUGGGGCUACAUCUGCACGCAAAUUCCCGGUAGUAUGAUCGCCCGGCAGUGGAGUGCCAGCAAAUUGUUCGCGUUGGCGCUGAUCGUUUGUGGCUUGACGACGAUCGUGGUCCCCGUAACCGCUCAUUAUGGGGGUUGGCAGGCGGUCUGUACCGCCAGGGUAUUCGCCGGUUUCGCCCAAGGUACUAUUCUACCGACCAUACACACCUUGUUGUCCAGAUGGGUGCCGACCGACGAACGUGGCAGACUCGGAAUGUUUGUCUAUUCCGGGGGCUGGAUCGGCAACGUAAUAUCCUUACUGAGUUCUGGUUAUCUUUCGGCGUCGCCUAUCGGUUGGCCCAGUUGCUUCUACGUCUGGGGCAGCAUUUGCAUUCUCUGCGGCGUCGCCUUCUACUUGAUCGGUAAAGACUCGCCCUCCGAACAUCCCAGCAUACCUCUGGACGAGAAGGAAUACAUCGAAAUUAGUCUGGGAGUAACCGAGAUCACCGAGAAACCGCCCACUCCAUGGAUAUCGAUACUGACGAGUGUGCCGGUCUGGGCGCUAUUGGUUACGCAGUGCGCUCAGAACUGGGGAUUCUGGAUGUUGUUGACUGAGAUCCCGUCCUACAUGACUUCGAUCAUGAAUUUCGAUAUUAAAGAGAACGGCUUGUGGACCGCGCUGCCUUAUCUGACAGCAUGGAUCUCCAGCUUCCCGAUCAGCUACGUGUCUGACCUCUGUAUCAAGCGGAACAUCGUGACCACGGAAGCAUCCAGGAAGAUCUGCAACACGUUCAGCCAGGUGGUACCGGCGCUCGCGCUGAUCGGACUGGGUUACGUGAAUAGCGACCAGCCGGCCUUAGCCGAGACGAUCCUGGUUAUCGCAGUCUCCACCAAUAUUGCCUCUUACUGCGGUUACAACGUCAAUCACAUGGAUCUCAGCCCGAACUUCGCCGGCACGCUCAUGGGAUUCACGAACGCCGCCGCUAACAUCUGCAGCCUCCUUGCGCCCAUCGUCGCCGGAUGGAUCGCCCCGAACACGAAAGAUAUCCUGCAAUGGCGCAACGUGUUCUUUCUGUCGGCCGCCAUAUAUAUCGUGGGCGCUUUGAUGUUCGCUUUAUUCGGCACGACCAAGAUACAACGGUGGAACGAUGAGGUCCAGAGUAGGCGAGACAGUGUCUUAGAUAAUAUAUCGAAGGCACCUAUGGCUGUCGCGACGAUAGAGGAGCUAAAGGACAUUGAGAAGAUUCCAUGA